GGCAGGCGUUGGGGGCGGGGCUGCCGGGCCGAAAGCCCGGGGCCUUAAAAGGCUGAGUCAGGGGCGAUUGGGCCAGAACUACGGGCCGGUCGACCUUUCGAGGAGUUUAUUGCGCCCGUGGAGUGCGGCCUCCCAGCUGUGGCGCCGCAGGGUUUUGAAACAUGAAUCCUUCAUUCCUCCUGACCGCCCUUUGCUUGGGAAUAGCCUCAGCUACUCCAAAACUUGAUCCAAGAUUGGACGCACAGUGGUACGAGUGGAAGGCAACACACCGGAGACUAUAUGGCGUGAAUGAAGAAGGAUGGAGGAGAGCGGUGUGGGAGAAGAAUAUGAAAAUGAUCGAACUGCACAAUCGGGAAUACAGCCUAAGGAAACAGGGCUUCACCAUGGCGAUGAAUGCCUUUGGCGACAUGACCAAUGAAGAAUUCAGGCAGGUGAUGAAUGGCUUUCAGAACCAGAAGCAACGGAAUGGGAAGGUAUUCCGAGAGCCUCUCUUUGCUCAGAUCCCCUCAUCUGUGGAUUGGAGAGACAAAGGCUAUGUAACUCCUGUGAAGAACCAGGGUCAGUGUGGUUCUUGUUGGGCUUUUAGUGCAACUGGUUCCCUUGAAGGACAGAUGUUCCGGAAAACCGGCAAACUCGUCUCGCUGAGUGAGCAGAACCUGGUGGACUGCUCUCGCUCUCAGGGCAAUGAGGGCUGCAAUGGUGGCCUAAUGGAUAAUGCCUUCCAGUACGUCAAGGACAACAAAGGCCUGGACACAGAGGAAUCCUAUCCAUAUCUCGCAAGGGAGUCAAACACCUGCAACUAUAGACCUGAGUAUUCUGCUGCCAACGACACUGGCUUUGUGGAUAUCCCUCAGCGUGAGAAGGCCCUUCUGAAGGCAGUGGCGACUGUGGGGCCCAUCUCUGUUGCUAUAGAUGCAGGCCAUUCAUCAUUCCAGUUCUAUAAUGCAGGCAUCUAUUAUGAACCAAACUGCAGCAGCAAAGACCUGGAUCAUGGUGUUCUGGUUGUUGGCUAUGGCUCUGAAGGAGGAGACUCAAAGAACAAUAAAUUUUGGAUUGUCAAGAACAGCUGGGGUUCAGGAUGGGGCAUGAAUGGCUACGUAAAAAUGGCCAAAGACCAGAGCAACCACUGUGGGAUCGCCACGGCAGCCAGCUACCCUACUGUGUGAGCUGAUGGAGUGGUAAUGGAAGCCUUGAGGACGGCACAUCCAGAGGGAUUUUAUCUUUAAACUGAUCAGACCUUUAUUGUGUAAGAUGAGAAGCUUGAAUCAUUAAGGAUCCAAGUUGUGAUGUGAAUUCUGUGACAUUUUUAUAAAGGUAAAAUGUUACCAGUACUUUAAUUACUGUUAUAAAUAGCUUUAUAAUAUUGAAGACUCA